UAAAAGGGGCAGUGGCUCGUCAAGGUUACCACGUGUAUGUGUUGACUUAAAAUCCACCGUUUUUGCGUCACUCUGCCGGAGCCGAGCAGGAUUAUAAAAAGCGACUCACAUAGGCGCUCAAUCACACCCGAUUGAUUCCUCCUCUGAGACCGAAAAAACAGACACUCGCAGCCAAGAUGAGACUCUUCCUCGCAGUUGCCGUGCUGAUGCUGGCUUUGGUCGCCUACACAGAGGCUCAGGAUGACUCCAUCGAAGACAAGUUCGCCAGAUUUGGGGAGAGGAUGUCUGAGAUAGGCCAGACCGUGGCUGAAAAGGCCAAGACCACCUUUGAUAAUAUACACAACAGCGAUGCGGCAGUCAACGCCAGAGGCUGGUUCGAGGAGAGGUUUCAGCAGAUAAAGGACACGUUUCAGUGAAGUAGAUGAAGAGAUGGUGUCUGCAGUCUACAACCAACCAACCCCCACACACACACACACACACACACAGACACACACACAUCCUCACGAUGGACACUCACCUCACCCUCCUGACCAGCAGCAACGUGAAAAGUACCACAAAUAAAAAUAAAAGGUGUUUUUUAUAUAUAAAUCCAGUGAUAGCAUUAAUAAGAAAUUUGUCAAUAUAAUGCUUGGAAGAGUCUUAUGUUUGAUAUAAAUAAAUGAACAAUUCUGGUCUAUAAA